GUGGCAACAGUGCGCUGUGACCCCGCCCCCCAAGUCUGCUGCGGUGCAUGCUGGGUAGUUUACCGGCGGUGUCCGGUGCCGUAGUCCAGCUCUUGGCUCCUCCGGUGUGUCAGCGAUGAAGAGGAGAUGAUGAAGAGGAGAAACACCGGCGGCUGCUCCUCACACCACAGCUAGCCUCUUAGGAGGCGUGUCCCAAUGUCAUGGCCUCCAGCCACAGCUCCUCCUCAGUGCCUCGUCCCGGUGGUAGAGGCCGAGAUGGAAUAUAUCACAAGGAGAGGGAUCGCUCCCCGUCCUGCCGCCGGCCUCUCCGCUUGCUGCCUGACGUCUGCCCCAAGGAACCCACCGGUGAGGGACGGGGCCUGUGCGAUGGCCCAUCUGUGGUGGCGGAGCACGACAGGUGGACGGUGUACAGCUCGAAGGUCAACCUCCCCGCCGCGCUGAACGACCCCCGGCUUGCAAAGCGGGAGUCUGACUUUUUCACCAAAUCGUGGGGCCUGGACUUUGCAGAAACGGAGGUGAUGCCCUCCUUCUACCUCCCCAACAUCACCAGGGAACACUUCGGACCGUACCUGCAGGAGACGGCUCAGAGGGAAAAAAUCCACGAGCGCUGCAAGACGAUCUGUCCGAACAAAGACGACGUGGACGCCGUCUCCAGUAUCACCACCAACCACGAAAAGUCCAGAGCGGAGCUGGAACAAGUCCCAAAGAUCUUCAUGAAGCCGGAUUUCGCUCUGGAGGACCCGGCCAUCUUCGGCGCCGUCCUUCCCUGGUCUCACUUCACCAGCGCAGGAGGGAAGAGCAGCAGAGACGUGGCCUCCUCCAAACUGCUGCAGGAGAAGCUGAGUCACUAUCUGGACGUGGUGGAGGUGAGCAUCGCCCGCCAGAUCUCCCUGCGCUCUGAGGCUUUUUUUCACGCCAUGUCCUCGCAGCACGAGCUGCAGGACCAGCUGCUGGAGACGCAGCGGGCCGUUGCCAUCCUGCGGGGUCGAACCGCUGCCAUGGAUCGCGUCAUGUGCCAGGGGCCGCUGGAGGCCCUCCGCACUGCUUUGACCCGCAACAACUGCGUGAAGCUGCACAACAAGCUGAAGCUGAUGGCGGCAGUGCAUCAGACGCAGCCCACGGUGCAGCUGCUGCUCUCCACCUCAGAGUUUGUCGGAGCACUGGAGCUCAUCGCAACCACCAAGGAGGUCUUGCAGCAGGAGCUGCAGGGAAUCCACAGCUUCAGACAUCUCGGCUCACAGCUGUGUGAGCUGGAGAAGCUGAUUGACAAGAUGAUGGUGGAGGACUUCAGCAUGUACGCCCGCAGCGACCUGAGCCGCAGCCUGAGGGACGAGCCGCAGGUUCUGGAGAAGGUCUGAAAUAACUCCUCUGUC